AUGCCGCAGGGGGAGGGUUCUCACGCCGCACGGGGCGGAGUCCUGGGACUCGGGGCGGGACGUGGAACCGGGACGGGUGGGACCUCCGAGCUGGUGCCAGUGGAAGGCGGAGCCCGGCGGCGGGGGGCGGAGCUAGGAGGGUCGGGGGACGGAGCCUGGCUCUUGAAGGAGGAGCUGGAGGAGGUGAAAGGCGGAGCCUCGGGGUCGGAAGCAGAGGGGGACGGAGCGCAGGCGCUGGGGGCGGGGCUUCAGCCGGUGAGUGGCGUGGCUACGGCUCCGGAAAAGGGGUCUAGUUCUGUCGAAGGCGGGGCUGCAGGCCCGGGGGCGGCACCGCGUCCUCCGAAGGGCGGUGCCAAGGAGCCAAGUGAGGAGCCCGGCCCGAGUAAUGGCCCCGGGCGUCCUCGCGGGGGUGGUCUCCGUGGUGGCCGGGCUUGGGGACGCCGUAGGCCGAGAACUCCACCGGGAGAGGUGGUGUGGGUGGAGCGGGCUCGGCGGCCAGCAGACACAGGGCCAGUCUGGGUGCCCCGGAGACCCCCAAGGGCUCAGAGUUGGGGCGGCGCCCCGGGCGGAAGCACAGGGCCAGGCUGGGGGGUAUCUCCCGAGGACCCGGGCUCCUCGGAGCCACCCAGUGGGGAUGUGUGGGUGCCUCGGGGCCGGCCCCCUGCAGCGGCCGCAGAGGUGUUGGUGUGCUGGACCGGGGGCAGCUGGGUGUGGCGUGAGUGGGGCCGCCCAGUCGGGGCAACUGCAGUGCAGCCAGAUAGGGUCUGGACUUUGCGUAAAGGGACAGGCGGGAACUGAAGAGCGGAGGUGGGGACUGGGAGGGAGGGAAGGUAUGGGGGUGAGCAAAGGGGCGGGUCCCUGGCUGCUGUGGCCUCCCCUGACCCCCUCCCCCCGCUGCUGGGGUCCUCGGCCAAGCCCCCUUCUCACUGGACUGUCGGUCGGUCGGGGUCUGUGCCCACAGAGACAUGAGGCUGAGCUGGGUCCGGGUCCUGACAGUACUGUCCAUCUGCCUGAGCGCCGUGGCCACGGCCACGGGGGCCGAGGGCAAAAGGAAGCUGCAGAUCGGGGUCAAGAAGCGGGUGGACCACUGUCCCAUCAAAUCGCGCAAAGGGGAUGUCCUGCACAUGCACUACACGGGGAAGCUGGAAGAUGGGACAGAGUUUGACAGCAGCCUGCCCCAGAACCAGCCCUUUGUCUUCUCCCUUGGCACAGGCCAGGUCAUCAAGGGCUGGGACCAGGGGCUGCUGGGGAUGUGUGAGGGGGAAAAGCGCAAGCUGGUGAUCCCAUCCGAGCUAGGGUAUGGAGAGCGGGGAGCUCCCCCAAAGAUUCCAGGCGGUGCAACCCUGGUGUUCGAGGUGGAGCUGCUCAAAAUCGAGCGACGAACUGAGCUGUAACCAGACUGGGGAGGGGCAGGGGGAGAGGCCCCCAUCAGGGACCAGACUGUUCCAAAAAACAAACAAAAAAACACUUAAAAGCCCAA